UAUAAAAACCCGAAUUUUUAGUCAGCACACAUUACCGUCUUUGUGGAUUCGACUCCGGUCUUACCGGAUAUUGUGCUGCGUCGGUCUCAGCCCUACGCUUGGGGCAACCCAUUAAUUUAGGACUAGGAAUCGGUCAAGCAUUUUUGGCGCCGUUGCCGGGGACGGUAACGUGUGUUAAGAAUUCGGGUUGUUGUUUUUUUAUUUGUUUUUUUUUUAGUUCUUUAUUUUAAUUGUUGAAAAGCAAAAAAAAAUGGCCCAUUUUGCAAGGUGGUAUGGAGGUUAUGCAAAACAAUUUGAUUGUUCAGUGUCGCUUCCUAUAUUUUAUGGUUUUGCAUCAGAAAAUCAUUUUUCGCAUGUUCAUAAACUUGAGGAAGCUUUUGCUAGUGAUGAAGUGGCUCUUUUACAUGUAUUCCGAGCAUCUUUGCGUGAUAGUGCUCUAGAUUGGUUUAAUUGUUUGAGUCCAAGAUUGACAUGGGGUGAGAUUGUAAUACAAUUUUUCAAUCAUUUCAAUCCCUCAUAUGAGACUCACAUGCUUUUACAAGAACUAUCAGAUUUCUCUCAACAUGAUGAUGAGUCUUUGUCACAGUGUUGGGAGCGAUUUAAAUUUGUUGUAUUCUCUUGGUCGUUUAAUUGUGAGCUUGGCAGUCUUCUGGUUAUCUUUUGCCGUGGUUUAAACCUUAAGUCAUGCGAGGUGGAUUUUAGGUCCACUGACGAAUUUCUGGAUAAAACCCCUGAAGACGCUUGGGAUUUCUUAGAUGAAUUAACCCAAAAGCUCCAAUUUAGUGAGUUGACCAAAAGUUCUGAGGAUACCAAUUUUGAUGCCAGAGAAAGAGAGGAAAUAGAGUCACUUUCUGAGGAUAUUAAUUCUGAUGCGAGGGAAAAAGAGUCACUUCCUAAGAAUUCUGAUGCGAGAGAAAAAGAGGAAAUAGAGCUACUUGUCAUUAAUGAAGGCUAUAUGCCUUUUGAGGAGUCAUUGCCUAUAGUUGCACCAGGUUAUAUGCCUUUUGAGCAGUCGUUGCCAAUAGUUGCACUGAAUAAUCAAGUACUCUCAGCUCUAGAUUGUGCCACUCCUGCUACUGAAUCUACACUUUCGCAAGAGUUUUUAAAUGUGAAGCUGAUUGAUUUUCUUGGUGUUGAUGAAUUUAAUUUAGUUUAUCAUCCAUAUCUUGUGGACUUUGUCAACGCUUUGAAAAUUGAUUUAGUUUGGGCUAUACAUUUGUUGGAAUUUAAAUGUCUAAAACGAAUUCGGCAAAUGUGCUACUCGAAGUAUCUUAUCUUAUGGCAUGGUCGGGUUCAAUUCUUGAUAAAAGGUGUAGAAUGGAGCGUUAUGUUCAUUGUCUUAGCUUUCAUUGGCAUGAUAAAUAUUCGGUACCCACGUUUGGCUACUUGUACAUAAUUGUUUUUUUUUUUUUUUGGUCUGGUAUAGCCACCCGUUUCUUGCUUGAGAAAUAGGGAGAAAAGUAGUACUCGUGUCUUUCGCGUGAAGAAAGUGGAUGAUUUUUUGUCUUUUAUUUUAUUUCUUGCAUUGUUUAUUUU